UAUGAAUGGGUCUCUUUCGAGCCGUCUACCAGCGCAGCCGGAGCCCUGCGCCGCCCGCUUCUCCCGGCGGCAAGGAUAGCUAGAGAAGGGCCACCCGCUCGGACUUGCUGAACUAAAUUCGAAUUUGCCUUGAAUUAAAAGCGGAACUAUUGACACAUGGUACGCACCAUGGCCAAGGCAGGAGAGACUUUUGAGGAGUUUGGGGAGAGAUUUACCAACCUGGUGAUCCAUGGGUUUGUUUCACUUUCAACAUCUCUAGGAAUUCAGUCUGGUCUGUUUGAUGCUCUUAUCAAGCUCAAGGACGAGGAGAGGACGGUCCAAGAGAUUGCUGAUACAGCUGGCCUCAAGGAAAGAUACGUAAAGGAAUGGCUUGGAGUGAUGGUGACAGCCGAUAUCGUAGACAUCAACCCAGAGACUGAGAAAUACAUUCUCCCCCCUCAUCGUAUUCCCUACUUUCAACCAGGCAGUAAAGUGUGUGAUCUUGCAGCAGUAAUCACCGCAUUGCCCAUGUUUGGUGAAAUAUACAAGAAGCUGUUAGAAUGUCUCAAAAAAGAUGGCCCACUAGGAUUAUCAUACUCUGAAUACACAGACUUUCACACCAUGAUGUCCAAGUUUAGCAGUAGAUGGUUUCAGCAACAUCUGGUUCAAGAUUUCAUACCAUCUAUGCCUCAAGUAGAAGAAAGAAUGAAGUCUGGGAUCCGAGUACUAGAUUUGGGUUGCGGGAGAGGACUAGCCUCCCUUGCCCUUGCGCAGAACUAUCCAAAUAGCACCAUCAUUGGACUAGACUUCUCAAAGGAGGCCACAGACUAUGCCAGGGAGUUGGCCAAGGAACAGGGUCUUGCAAACGUCGAGUUCGUCUGUGAGGAUGCAGCAUGUAUACCUGACUCUUGGAACGAGACCAUUGAUUACAUCUUCACGUAUGAUGUCAUCCAUGACCUUGGUCACGCGGAUAAGGUAUUAUUAGCUCUGGGACGCAUCCUCAAACCUGACGGAGUCUUCUCCAUGAUAGAUCCCGACUGCAACACCAAGCAAUCAAGGAAUGCUUCCAACGAGUAUUUCUCUAGGUUAUACACCAUGAGUCUCUUCCAUUGCCUGCCAAUAUCGCUCUUCUCUGAGGGCAGUGUGGGACUAGGAACCUGUUGGGGACGAGACAAAGCCACCCAGUUUCUCAAGGCAGCUGGGUUUAGGGUGGAUUCGAUCACAAACCCUGCAGGAACUAACCAGGCACAUUACAUGUGUACAAAACAAGUAUAAGGUUUAGAUUUUUUGCUUUCAAUAUGGAAGUAAAGUUGAUUUAUUUUGAUUGCUGUCUGCCAAAUAUGAUCUUGUCUUUAUAAACUUUAUGAUCUAUGCUAUCAUUGUGAGUGGCAAAAUUUUAAAUUAAGGCUGAAUCAUGAGAGUAAUUUGUCUUUCCAAAGGCUUAUUGAAUGUUAUCAGUCAUAAACCAGUACUAGUAUCCUGAUUUAUCAAUGUUAUGAUUUUAAAAAUCAUGAAUUCUCAUAUCUUUCCUACAAUUGAUAGGCACCUCUAUACUAUAUUAUCAGUAUUGAAUAAACUUGAUUCCCGAGCCAUUAAUCAAUGAAAUCUCAAGCUAGAUGAGCAUGUUGUAAGUACCGGUACCCCUUCACUUUCUUGUCUUUCUUCUGCAAAGGAGGCUGCCAUAUUAUGCGCCAUAUGUCACCAUGGAGUGUGCUUUGCAAUCUUGAACAUUAAGGUUAAUUCAUAAUCGACUGUAUUUAGAUUGCUUGAACUUGCUAUGACAAAAAAAAAUUCUCAUUCUCAGGAAACAUAGCAAAGAAGAAAUGCAAUAUACCAACCCAACUUCUAUGAUUUAGUUUCAGUUAAUGUAUCAGAUUUAGAAAUGAUAAAUGUAAAGAGAAUACCAAAAAAUUUCAUCUCAGAUAUUAUUUAUUAGCAUGAAAUGUGCUGCUGUUACUUGCUGCAUUAGAACACUAAAAUGAGAAAAUCAUUACCAGAAUCUGAUCAAGUUGGUUGAAUUCUUGAAUGUCGGACUGAGGCAUUGUUCUAAUUUUUAUGCCUUAGCCCACCUACGAUGAAUACCAGUGAUUUUAUGUAUGUUGGUUGUCAACAACUCGUCUCUUCUCUCUCUUUUUUUUCUUGCACAGUCAAGGAUUCAUUUAGUUCAUCCCAAAGCUUGUUUAUAUGUGUGUGUGACUAUGUCCACUACGAGUUAUCUCUUUCAGGAAACAGUAUUGAGUAUGAGAGGAUAGUUUCAUGUUUUCAGAAUUGGUGCUUGAAUGAUGUACAUGCAGUAAUAGAUAUAUCAAUUAAAAUCACAAAGAGGUCAAUUAAGUGGCACUUAAAAUGAAGUUUAAUCAUGAAGUACAAAAUACUGUUUUACAGAUAUGUAUACCUCACCUUUGAACCAAUCCAAAAUCAUUGUUCUUAUUAUUACUUCAUUACAUUUUAUUCCAUUUGAAGUGUUUUUUUUUCACAUCUUAUUUUAUUAAACACCUUGUCUAUGCUGCGACUCUGCUGGAAACGUGUUCAUUGUCUUUCCCAUAGGCACCCAUUGUAGAAGAGGGAGGUUAAGACGUACGGAGGCAUUGAGCUAGAUUCCUGUUAAAAGGUGCGGUUCAGAAGUUUGUUGGAUAUGUUAAGUUACAUUAUUAUUAAGAGUAGACAAUGAUUUGAUUACCUCUUGAAGCGUUUGAAACUUGUAUAGAGAUAACUGAAAAAGUUUCAACCGUUUUGCGAGACAACCGAAUAAUCGUUUACUCUGUUGAAUUCAUCGCGAUGAUGAACAUCUUCAACAUUAUUAUUGUGCAUUAAUUUGCCAACAUAAUUUCUAAGAAUAUUAAGCUUUCAUACAUACACAUGUAUACUAGAGUAUAGUGUAAUUAUAUCAUGUUUGGUGAAAGAUAAUUCAGUGACUACUUGUAGUAAUGGUUCAUCUUGUAAUUUUUACUGUAAAGUCAAGCACAUGCUACAUGAUUUGACUAUGCGGCAAUUUGUUAAAGUUAGUCAUGUUACUUUUUCUAGCAUGACAAAUUUAAGAUUUUCCAUCUUUUCUUCAACUAAUUUAAUUAUGUAGCCUUGGUCGCAGAGGUCUAAUGCUUGGCCUACAUGUAGUUUAGCCAUGGUGGCUUGAAGUCCUUGUCCUAAGGGUAUUUUCUCGAAUGAGGCCGGGACAAGACCAUUAGGCUGUUUUGUAAAGUUGUUCGGAAGUUAAUAGUAACUUUAAGAAUGACUGGUGAUCCUUUUUUGUGGUAAAUGUUAUUCAUCAUUGAAUAUUCAUUGGUUAUUAAUUAGCACACCAGUCAUUCUUAAAGUCGUUCUUAACCUAUGAACACCAGGUAUUGCUUCACAAUUAAGGUAACAAUUAAUAAAUCAACAUACAUUUACUACUCUUAUGCAAAAUUAUAUUAGUGUUGUGAUUAUAUCCUUCUGGCCUUGCAUCCGCUAGUGUAGAUUGAUACUUGCCAUAUUCUGUAAUAGUCCGUUAGCAUUGGCUUAUGUCGAAAGGGUGGAUG